GCUGCCCCACCGAGACGGGCACUCCCCCCAGCCCCGCCGAUGGGCGAAGACACUGACGCCACCCCGACGCUCAACCACCGCGGCUUCCUCCCCGACCACAACUAUGUGACUGAAGCUGAUAUCAUCUCCACUGUUGAGUUCAACCACACCGGAGAGCUCCUGGCCACAGGGGACAAAGGGGGCCGAGUGGUCAUCUUUCAGAGGGAACCUGAGAGCAAGACUGAGCCAUUCUCCCAGGGAGAGUACAAUGUCUACAGCACCUUUCAGAGCCAUGAGCCAGAGUUUGACUACCUUAAGAGUCUGGAGAUCGAGGAGAAGAUCAAUAAGAUCCGAUGGCUGCCUCAGCAGAACGCCGCACACUUCCUCCUCUCCACCAAUGAUAAGACCAUUAAGUUGUGGAAGGUGAGUGAAAGAGACAAACGGCCAGAGGGAUACAACCUAAAGGAUGAGGAGGGUCGCAUCAAGGACAUCUCCACCGUCACCUCUCUACAGGUGCCGGUGUUGAAGCCGAUGGACCUGAUGGUGGAGGUGAGCCCGCGGCGAGUGUUCGCCAACGCCCACACCUACCAUGUCAACUCCAUCUCUGUCAACUCCGACUAUGAGACCUACAUGUCAGCUGACGACCUGAGGAUCAACCUCUGGCAUCUGGACAUCACUGACCGCAGCUUCAACAUCGUGGACAUCAAGCCAGCCAACAUGGAGGAUCUGACGGAGGUGAUCACAGCGGCUGAGUUUCACCCCCACCACUGUAACCUGUUUGUCUAUAGCAGCAGCAAAGGCACCUUGCGCCUCUGUGACAUGAGAGAAGCAGCACUGUGUGACAAACACUCUAAAUUGUUCGAGGAGCCAGAAGACCCCAGCGCCCGCUCCUUCUUCUCUGAGAUUAUCUCCUCGGUGUCCGAUGUCAAGUUCAGCCACAGCGGUCGCUACCUGCUCACCAGAGACUACCUGACUGCCAAAGUCUGGGACCUCAACAUGGAGAGCAAGCCCCUGGAGACAUACCAGGUUCACGAUUACCUCCGCAGCAAGUUGUGUUCCCUUUACGAGAACGACUGCAUCUUUGACAAGUUUGAGUGUGCCUGGAACGGCUCAGACAGCGUGAUUAUGACCGGAGCCUACAACAACUUCUUCCGCAUGUUCGACCGGAACACCAAACGCGACGUGACCUUGGAGGCAUCGAGAGAAAGCAGCAAACCCCGAGCGGUCCUGAAGCCGCGGAGAGUCUGCGCGGCUGGAGGAAAGCGCCGGAAGGACGACAUCAGUGUGGACAGCCUGGACUUCACCAAGAAGAUCCUCCAUACAGCCUGGCACCCGACCGAGAACAUCAUCGCCAUCGCCGCCACCAACAACCUGUACAUCUUCCAGGACAAACUCAACUCUGAGAUGCAUUAAUGAACGGAUGUCAGCGAUGGAUACAAACAAGUUUACACCUGAACACACAACUAUGCCAGAAUGUACACAUUUACGGACAUAUACCCACAGGAAUAUGCCUAACACACACACACACGCACACACGAUCAGAAAACACACACAUCUAGGUCUACUCUGUGACACACUCCCUCACCUCCUCCCCAGCCUCCCAGGACUGAAAGGACCUAGGAAGGGCUAGCAAGGGAACAAGAUGGAUUACGCAACGGAUUAUGGAUUGCAAA